AUGUCUUUUUCUGCUCUUCGAACCUCUUCUCUUGUGACUUUUCGAAACCAAAUCGCUCUCGCUGCUGGGAGAAGAGAGCCUGUGGCGCAUACCCUCAGAUCUUAUUCCGCCAUGAGUGGCAGUCUGAAGCUAAAGCCCGCGGCGCGGGUCGAGGGCCAGAAGCAGGAUGUGUGGUCCAUCAUCAACGAGGCGGCUGCGGCGUCGCCCAAACAGCCCAUCGUCAACAUGGGACAGGGCUUCUUCGGAUACAACCCGCCCAAGUUCAUCCUCGACGCAGCCAAAGAUGCGCUCGACCGGGUGGAAUGCAACCAGUACUCUCCCACCAAGGGCAGGCCCAGGCUAAAGCAGGCCAUUGCCGACGCCUACUCGCCCUAUUGGGGACGCAAGAUUAACCCCGAAACUGAAGUAACCAUUACGACGGGAGCCAACGAGGGCAUGCUGAGUGCUUUCAUGGCUUUCAUUGAGCCUGGUGAUGAGGUCAUCAUCUUUGAGCCUUUCUUUGACCAGUACAUUAGCAACAUUGAGAUGCCCGGCGGCAAGAUUGUCUAUGUGCCCCUGCACCCUCCUGCCACGGGAGCCGUCAAGACGUCUUCGGCAGCCGACUGGACCAUUGACUUUGAUGAGCUGGAGAGAGCCAUUACCCCCAAGACAAAGAUGAUUGUUCUCAACACUCCCCACAACCCUGUUGGCAAAGUGUUCUCCAAGGAGGAGCUGCAGAAGGUUGGCGACCUGUGUGUGAAACAUGAGAUCAUUAUUCUCUCUGAUGAGGUGUAUGAUCGUCUGUUCUACGUACCCUUUACCAGAAUUUCGACUCUGUCGCCUGAAAUCGAACAGCUGACUAUUACGGUUGGUUCUGCUGGCAAGAACUUUUAUGCCACCGGUUGGCGUGUCGGCUGGCUGAUGGGCCCCGAGCAUCUCAUCAAAUACGUUUCCGCAGCACACACGCGCAUCUGCUACUCAUCCGUCUCGCCCUUACAAGAAGCCUGCGCUGUCGGAUUCGAAAAGGCCGAAGCCGAAGGCUUCUGGGACAAGACCGUCCGAGACAUGAAGGCCAAGAUGAAUCUCUUCAACGGAGUCUGGGACGAGCUGGGCCUCCCUUACUCCGAGCCCGAGGGCGGCUACUUUGUUCUGGUCAACAUGGCCAAGGUGCAGCUGCCAGAGGACUACCCUUUCCCGGCGCACGUGGCAAGCCGGCCGAGAGACUUCCAGCUGGCGUGGUUCUUGAUCCACGAGGUUGGCGUUGCGGCGAUCCCGCCGACGGAGUUUUAUACGGAUGAGAAUGCGCACAUGGCGGAGGAUUACUUGCGGUUUGCGGUGUGCAAGGAGGAUUCGGUGUUGGAGGAGGCGAAGAAUAGACUGCGGGGACUGAAGAAGUAUAUGAAAUAG